AUGUCUGCAAAGGAUUCAAAAGGAUACUACAAGGUGCUGGGGCUGAGUCCUGGAGCAUCUUUAGCGGAGGUGCGGAGGGCGUAUUCAACGCAGCAAGCGAAGUUCCACAGGGACUCGCCUCUCAUACGAGAGAAGCUGCGUGCAGCAAAGAGCGAUGAUGACAAGGCAAAGAUUGAGGAGGAAUGCAAGGAGAUGUCUAUGAAGUUGAAUAUGGCAAAGGAUGUGCUGUUUAACGAGAAGAAGAAGAAGGAGUAUGAUAGCGGAAUGGGGGAGUUUGGAGCGCAAUUUUCUGCAGGGAACUAUUCUGACAUUUUUGACAUAUUUAGCCAGUUUACUGGAGGUAGCCGGGGAGCACAGAAGUCGAAUAAGGCAAGCUCGACAAAGUAUGUGAUCAAUAUUUCGCUGAAGGAGGCGUUUUGCGGAAAGACAUCGAAGUUUAAUGUGAAGCGGGAGAAGAUGUGCCCGAGCUGCGACGGGAAGGGUGCAGAGAGCACCACUGCAUGUAAGAAGUGCAAUGGAAACGGGGUGUACACUAGCCGCAGGAGUCUUGGUGGAUUUGUAACGCUUGCGGAGACACGGUGCGAUGGAUGCUCGGGCAAAGGAUAUUUCAUCAAGGGAAAUGCAUGUGGAGAGUGUAAAGGAGGAGAGUAUGUGCAGGAAAAUAUAAUUCUUGAGGUCAGCAUCAAGCCUGGAGUUGUGAAGGGAGAAAAGAUAGUGUUUGAGGGGAUGGGGGAUCAGAGAAAAGGGCAGGCAUCGGGGGAUGUGAUUUUUAUUAUUGAUGUGCAGGAUGAUAGUAGGUUUGAAAGGCGUGGCAGUGAUAUUAUUGGAAAGAUAGAUAUUCCUCUGUACACGGCGAUUGGAGGAGGCGUGGUGUAUUUUACGCAUAUUGAUGGAAGGCAGCUUGAGAUAAAUGUGGAUAUGUUCAAGACGUUUGAUGUUGCGGUGAAGAUACGGGGAGAGGGAUUCAAGACACAAAGGGCAGGGACUGGGUCGCUUAUUCUGAAGCCCAACAUCAUUAUUGGAGGAGAUUCUGAUAGAGCAAAGAUUCUGGAGGUAUUGAGUGCGCCAAGCAGUAAACCUUACGGAGCCACAACGAAGGUGAAGGGCGAGUUUGGAAGUAUUCCUGAGCCUGAAAAGGAGCACGAGGAUGCUUCUGACGAUGGAGGCCAAAGUGCCAGGAGUUUCUUCAAUGGCUUCAGUUUCUUUUAG